UUGCGUUGCACAAGAUUAAAGGCAAAAAAUGUCAGAACUCCAAGGGCUUUUUAAGAAACAUUGUGUUUUACCUGAUGUAAUAAACACGGCGCCUUCCGAUCUACUGACCGUUAAAUACAAUAAUGGUGUUAAUGUUGAGACGGGAAAAGAAUUAACCCCCACGCAAGUCAAAGAAAAGCCUGAAGUUAAGUGGGCAGCUAAAGAUACAGAGUAUUAUCUUCUGGCUAUGGUUGAUCCAGAUGCACCGAGUCGAGAGAAACCGAAGUUUAGAGAGUGGCAUCAUUGGUUGGUGGGAAAUAUUCACGGAGGUGAUAUGAAUAAAAGUGAAGUUUUGUCUGAAUACAUAGGAUCCGGACCUCCAAAAGGCACUGGUCUUCAUCGAUAUGUUUUUUUGGUAUUUAAACAGCUGGAAAAGUGUGAUUUUUCGAAAAUCCCGAAAUUGCCAUGUACCUCUGGAAAAAAUAGAGGCAACUUUUCUAUUGCUAAAUUUGCUCAGCAAUUCAAACUUGGUUCUCCUGUCGCUGGAAAUUUUUAUGUGGCCCAAUGGGAUGAUUACGUACCUAAACUCUAUGCAAAACUGAAAGAUUAA